AUGACUUUUUCAGACAGAUAUAAGUUUGUUCUAAUUGCUUUGGGAAACUCUGGCAGAGGUUCUGGGGCAGUUGAUCAAGGAUCCCCUGCCCAGGAACUGUCCACAUAUCCCCUGUACCAGUUUUGGGUUUCUCCUGUCCUGGAUCCCCCUCUCCUCGCUGUCAUUCUCCUUGCCCCCUGCUCAUUCUCAUGUUACCUCGCUCCUGGUCCCACCCUGCUCCCAUCCCAGUCUGGAUCCCACUCUUGGUCUCAUUCCCUGUCCCGUAUUCUCUGUCUGGUUGUCAUUCUCAUAAUCCCGGUCCCAUAUUCCCUGUCCUGUUCCCGUUCUCAUAUUCCCAGUCCUCAUGCUGGUCCCGCAUUUCCAUUUCCAUAUUUCCUGUCCCAUUUCCGUAUUUCCAUUCCCAGCCCUAUUUCUAAUCCCGGUCCCAUCUUUCUAAUCCCUAUCCCAUAUUCUCUCUCCAGUUGCUGUAUCUGUAUUCCCUGUCCUGUUCCCACAUUUCCAUUCCCAGUUCGUGUCCUGUAUUCCCCGUCCCAGUCCUGUAUUCUUGUUUCUGUUCCUGGUUCCCGUUCCCAUUCCCUGUCCCCAUUCCCUGUUCCCUCUCACCAGGCCCCGCCGCCAUCGCUCCGGCCCCCCCGCGGCCCACACGUGACCAGGGAGAACCCCGCGCUGCUUCCGCCCACCAAUCACAGCGCGCGAUCGCUCCUGGAUUUGCAUAACCACGCUUUCGGUCCUGACCCCGCCCACCGCCGGCUGAAGCCGCGUCCGGGCGCUGUUUAUUCCCAGUUCCGUCCCAGUGCUCCCAGUAAGAGCGGUCCUAGCACGGAAAGCGCUCCCAAUUCCUUCCGGGUUCUCUCAGGAUCGCUUCGAGUGCUCCCAGUAUUGGUUCCAGCACUGUGCAGGGCACGGCCACUUUGGAACCCCCCAGGGCAGAGCACGGCUGCUUUUCAGUGUCGGCACCGACCUGGGCCGGGCUGGGAGCGGAGGAGGGGGAGGAAGGAAAGAGGAGCGGGAAGAACAAGAAGGGGAAAGUCAGGAACAUGAGGAAGAGGAGCUGCAAGAGAAAGAGCAGCAGCAGAACCAACCACUCGGCUCCCCCGCCCGCCCGCUCAGGCUGCAGUUCCCCCAACUCUGGCAGCAUCACCCUGCCCCCCCGGAACCCACAGGAUUUCCCAUUCCCAAAUCAUGGUCAGAUGGAGGAGGAGGCCGUGAGGAAGAUGGCCCAGAAGCCCUAUGCAGACAAGGAGCUGAGGAUGGAGACCAGGGAGGACAAAUCCCCACAGCUGAACCUUAUGGAAAAGGCAUUUUAAACCAGCUCCAUGGUGCAGGAAUCCAAGGAGGAGGAAAAGCCCCAGAGAUCCCUCAUGAGGGGUUACAAAUGCAGAUCACGGUGAUCCAAAGCAGAAAGACCCACUCCGGGCCAGGGAGGUGGCCAGAGAUGCUGCUGGAGCUUAGAGCUGAGAGUCCAUGAGCAGCUUCAUGAUGGGGAGAAGCCCCACAAGUGCUCAGAAUGUGGGAAGAGCUUCAGCAAGUGAUCCUACCUGAUCCAACACUGGAGAAUCCACAUGAGGGAACAGCCCUAUGAGUGUGGGGAGUGUGGGAAGGGCUUCAAGACAAGCUCUGACCUGACUGCCCACCAGAUGAGCCACACAAAGCAGAGGCGUGCCGAUUGUGAGGAAUGCAGGAAGACAUUUAAGACUAGCUCCAGUCUCCUCAGGCAUCAGCAGAUUCAGAGGAGAGGCCCUUCCACUGACCCAACAAUGGGAAUGGCUUCAACCAAAACUCCACUGUCGUCACUCACCAGCGCAUAUAUACUAGGACGAGGCCCUACGAGUGUCCCAAAUGUGUGAAGUCCUGUUCCAGAAGCUCUCACUUUACCCUACACCAAUGAAGGCACCACUAAGGGAAGCCCUGCAAAUCAAGUGCAGGAAGAGCUUCAUGUGCUGCUCCAGCUCCAUCCCCCGUGGCAGGAUCUGUGCUGGAUGUUCCUGUGGCCCCCAGUGGGCAGAGCAUUGCUGGUCCAUGGUGCCCGUGAUCUAUGUUAGAAAUACACCUGGCUGGGUGGCUCCACAUCCUCCUGGCUCCCCAUGGGCACCUGGACAUAUCCACAGAUCAACAUCAGAAAUCCAUUGUGAAGAGCACGUUUGUCGACUUCUGACCCGAGAAAAAUCUCACUCUUUGCAUCUUCUGGUGGUAUCAAGCAACACUGAAUGGCCUUGGAGGUCUUCUCCAAUAGAAAUCCAUCAUUUUAAUCCUUUCUGGCUCAUGGGCAUCUUCCACAGCCAAAUGGGAACAUACUGGGGCAAACCCCACAAUUUUGGAGAUGGUGGGGUGGAAACCCCUUCAAAAAGGGUUCUUCCCACCCAGCCAAGCAUGUGGAUGCUUUGCCAGCAGGGACACAUAAAUUCUUUUGUUUUGGCCUUGAAACAAAAAGGUUUCUGUUCAUUCCUUUGAAAGCCCUGUAACUGGGGUUAAAAAUAACGACAAGGAACUAAGACAUGGGUGGGGCCAUGGGGGGAGAUGGAUGAGGAUGUGAGGAACAUGGAUGGGGACAUUGCGAAGUGCUGUCCAAUGCAGGUACUGCCACCACAUCCCCACUAUCACCACCACAGUGCACCAGCCAGAUGUCAUCACCCAGCAGGGCAGGAGGUGGAACUUGUUCGGCUGUUGACAAGUGGCCCGGAGGUGAGUGACAGUCACCAGGGCGUCCUAGGGACUCCACGCUCAGAGGACCCCAAUGGCCCAAGGUACAGCACAAGGGUCAGUGCCACCCACAGUGUCAUGUGGCCCCAUGCUACAUGUCACCAGGGGUGUCCUGGUGACAUUGUCCCCCUGCUAUCUGUCCUGGUGGCAUCAUGUCCUUUCCCCUCUGUAUGUCCAAAUUCCCUACCAUAUCUUCCUCUCGCCUUCCAUGUGUCCCCUGCCCCCAGUGGGGCCAAAAACCAUGAGGUCCUGGGCUGUCUGAGGGGACCCAUCCUGUAGUGUCCCUGUGUCCCUCAAUGUGUGCCCAUGUCCCUCAGGAUGUCCCCAUGGCUGCUUCUGGCACGGAGCAUCUGCACUCACCCUGGCACAGGUAGGAAAACACUGUAACACCCCAUGACAUCCUUGUCCUCUGAUUUUAGGUCCUUCUCCCCUCCAUUUUCAGUCCUUUUCCCCUUUUUUGGGUUCAGUGCCCCCUAUUUUGAGUCUUUUCUGUGCUUGUUUGGAUUCUUUCCAUCCUUUACCCCAAUUUUAUGCACCCUCGCCUUCACUUUGGCACAUUUUUGGGUGCAUCCCUCCCUUCCAACCCCCUCCGCACCUUUUAGGCGCCCCUCACUCCCCUACACCCCAACUCCCUUCCCCACAGACAUCUCCCCAGCUGUGUCCCCAACUGUCCCCCUAUGCCACAUGGACUCAGUGCUCACCAUCCUGGAUACCCUUGAGUCCCCGGCCUGGGACUGUGGAUUUCCUCUUCCAAGAGAUUCAGAGCUGGACCGGCUGCCAGGGGAUGCCGAUGGCACCAGAGCUCAGGCAUCUCAGGCCCCCCAGCUGUCACACUGGGGCGACUCCAGGAGCCACUGCAACCCCAGGCCCCUCGAGGGGUGACCUGUGGUGUCCCUCUGGUGUCACUGGCGAGUCCCCAGCAGAAGCAACAUCACCUCCUCAGCAGGAGGAAGACGAGAAGGAGGUGAGGAUGUGACUGAAACUCCUGCCCGUUCACAUGGGGAGGUCGCCACACGAACGGGGGCCAAGCACAGGUGGAGCAGCGGAGGUACCAUGGGGACUGGGGGGGGACAUGGGGACAGUCCCCAAGGUCCCCUCAGGGGAUGCUGUGGUGGGGGCGGGGGGGAGGGGGUGCAGGGUGGAGCAGCAUCUUCAGGGGGAUGUGGGGAGAUGGAAAUGGCUGGGAGUGACCCCAGAAAUGUUUUCACCACCUCCUCCUGUAACAUGUGGGCCGCCCCCUUCUUUGGGGUGCUGGUAACAAAUUGGCAGAUGGCGGUGACAAAAAGCGCAGGUGCCACCUCGGGGAUUGCACAGAGAGAGGGUCCUGCAGCAUGACCAAGACCCCCCUGACUGAGGGGCACCCCAGGGUGACAAAGGGGGGGGGGGUCAGGGGUGUCCCCAAGGUGUGAGGGGAGCAGGUUUUAUGGGGAAGUGUGGUUGGGGCGCAACAGAAAUGCGUCCAGUCCUGCCGGUGUCCGGAGCACGAGGGGGACAUGGCACCUGUUACCCUGUCACUGUGUCCCCCUGUCUCCCAUCAUCCACUGUACCCCACUGUCCCUUUUGCUGGGCAGCAAGGGGUGGUGGCACUCCUGGAUGGGUGUCCAGGUGGAUCUGCACUCACCUGCUAUGGACAGAGUUGUCAAACGUGAUGUGGGGACACUGGGUUGCACUGUCAUUGGCAUUUCACUGUCAUUGUCACCAUCACUGUCAGUGCCACUGCCAUUUGUCACUGUUAUUGUCACUGUCACUGUCCUUAGCACUGUCACUGUCACCAUCACCAUCACUGUCAUAGCACUCACUGGCUGCUCCCCAGGGUCCGCAGAGGUACUGGGGAACAGCCAGGGGACAGAUGGAUAGAUGUGGGACAGAAGGACAUGAGUGAGACACCAGGAGAGACAUAAGGCACACAAAAGGGACAUGAGAAGAUACCAGAAGGACACUCAGGGGACACUGGGACACUUGCGGACACUCACAAUAUCACUGAAGGUGUAGCAGUCGGGGAUUUUCUGUUUUAGUAGCGUUUGGAUGUUGAUGGCCUUGAGCUGGAACUCCAUGAUGACACUGAUCAGCCUGAGGGGACAAAAAACACUACAAGAGGCCUCAAAAUCACUAAAAAAUAAAAUAGGAAAAAAUCCACCUCAAAAUCCCAAAGAAACCAAUGCAAAAGGGAAAACUCCGCCGCAAAAAAUCCCCAAAAAAGAGAACAAAUCUGCCCAUAAAUCCCCAAAAAACCCUGUGAGUUCCCCAAGUUCAAAAAAAAACCUGGAAAAGGAAAAAUUUGACCCCAAAAAUCCCCCAGAAAUUAAAAUUCCACCCCAAAAUCCUAAAAAAAAAAAAAGGAAAAUUUCCACCCCAAAAUCUCAAAAAAUCCAAUGCUAAUGGAAAAUUCCACCUGAAAUCCCCAAAAACCUCAGGAGUUCCCAAAAUAACAAAAAAAAAAAAAAACAUUCUAGAAAAGGAAAAAUUCUGCACCAAAAUCCCCCAGAAAACAUCAGGAAAGGGAAAACUUGGCCACAAAAUCCCCAAAAAUUACCCUGGGAAAGGGAAAAUUUCAUCCCAUAAUCCCACACAGGAAUUCGGAAAAAGGGGUCGCAAAUCCAACACUUGGAUUUUAGGGAUGGGAAACUUCCCUGGGUGGGACUUGUGGGAUUUACCUGUGGAAUUGGAGGGUGAAAUUGCUGUCAGUGCAAUCCAGCACCAGCAGCUGGGGGUCUCCAGGGUACACCCCCAGGCACUCUGUGGGCUUGGGACUGGGGUCAGGGAAUGCUGAGAGCCCAGAAACCCUGGGACUUCCCAAAUCCUGAAUCACAUAUACUCCAGGACCAUCCCAAACCUUGCACCUCAAACCCAAACCCCAAACCCCAAACCAAAACCCUACUCCUAAACCUCUUGGGACCAUCCCAAAUGCCUUUAGAGUAUCCCAAAUCUCAAAUCCCAACCCUAACUCUAAAACCCAAACCCCAAGUGUCCCCACCAGUGAUGACGCUGGAGGCAAUGUCGAAGGUGUCAUUACCAGGGUCAAUGUCCCCUGUGCGGAAGAAGUGCUGUGCCUGGUGCCAUCUCUGGUGACACCUGCAGUGCCAGCAUAGGGGUAGUGGCCCAGGGUCUUGUUGAGGACAGCCAGGUACUGUGGGGACAGGGAAACAGUGCUGGGGAUAGCACUGGGGCACCUCAGCGUCCUCAAAUCACACCAGUGUCCCAAAUCACCUCCAUAGGCUGAGGUCCUUCAUGUCCCCAGAUGACCACUGUGUCCCCAACUCUUCUAACCCCUUUCGGUGUCCGUGUGCCACCUUCUUGAGGACAAAGGCAUGGGGUGGGAGGUGCUGGCCUGGCACAGCCCUCGGGAUGCCCAGUCCCCCUUGUCACUCCCACACCUGUGCAUGUCCCUGUGCCAGGGCUGGCAUUAACGGUAGCACCGGGCCAGGCACUGGCACAGACACCAACCAAAACGGCUUGCAACCAGCAGGGCCACCCAUGGGGUGGGCACGGAGCCACCCCAGCCUGGCCCCACGCCUGGCCUGUCACUGCCAUGCCCACCAGCAUUGCCACACCAUAGACUAAUGUGUCCCCUGGCACUGCCGUGCUCGUGGUGGCAUCUCCACGGGCAUUCCAGCACCUGCGGCGGCACUUCCAUGGCCAUGUGUGCCUUGGUAUCACCACACCCCUGGUGGCACCUCUAUGACCACCUCAUCCUGACACCCCUGAUCACCACCCCCUGUGGAUGACAGGGACACUGUGAGCACCUGCACCCUGUUCUGUCCCUUCAGUUACCCCCUUGUAGACAUCU